AUGAAAAGGAAGGCUGAAGACUUGCUCCUUGCGGAACCAAAGAGUCGCUCUGGCAAAAACGCUCUAAAGUUCAUCAUGGAUGUAGUGGAAGAGAAAACAGAUGUUGAUGUGAGCUUCAAGAGAGGUACUUCAGUUUCAUUUCAAACUAUAUACUGAGAUUAUAUAUUGUAUAUACAUCCUAACUUUAAGCAGGAUGUCUUACAACAACAACAACAACAACAAUCAUCAUCAUCAUUAUCAUCAUCACCAUCAUCAAUCAACAGCAGCAGCAGCAGUACUAUUACUAUAAUGACAAUAAUUAUAACAGUUCAGUAUACCUAUAACUUAUUAGUAAAAUCCAACUAGUGGUCUGUUAUCAAUGCGGCGUUUUGAUUGGUUGAGCCACUACUAGGCUAUAUGUUAUAGCGACAUUAGCGAAAAGCGCCGGCUUUGAAAACCAAAACAAUGGCGGUUGAAUUCCGUUUUGCUAGCUUAAGUUGUCUCGUAAUUUUUGACCAACUAGUCAGUUGGAUUUUACUAAAACAAUUAUUCCUCUCGCCCUCCUUGCCUCUGAGUCAAUAGUCCAUUCGGACUUCGGCCUCAUGGGCUAUUGACUCAGAGCCCAUUCGGACUCCAGGAAUAAUUGUUAAUUAGUAUAUACUAAUAUAUAGAUUUAGCCAGGGCUAAAAGCGAAGCUCCCAUCAAUAAAUUUAUAUUUUAAAUUAAACAAUAAACUUGUAAUCCACAAAUCAGUUAACUUAAGGGCACAUUGAUUCAUAUGACUUUUGAGGGAAAGGAUAAGUUAUUUUAGAGUGAAACAUCUUACAUCGAGUUGAUAGCCUAAAUACGUACACUCAAAAAAUAGCAAACAUCUUCAAUCACAUUCAAGAGCCAUAAUGGCUCUUGAUCACAGUAGAUUAGGCCUCGAAAACAAAUUCUUGGAAAGCAAAUCAGGCCGAAUUUUUUUGCGUUCGAUAGGUUUACUUUACAAAUUCUUGCCAACAAAUCUGAGGGUGUGUAAACCAACCUUUUAUACCUUUUAUACAUCACAUCUGAGGUGAAACAGUACCUACUUAUCAUACAGACCUCGGACAGUAUACACGGUAUUUCACAAUUUUUCAAGACAAAUUGCACUCAGUCAGUGUUCAGGACGAUCAAUCGUGGGCUUUUAGCGAAACCGUUCAAAAAAUUUCGAAAAUCACCCAUACGGCCAGCCGGUUCUCAUUUCUAGUGUGAGCUGUCAGUCAUGGUCGAGUGUUUGAAUGAACUUUAACAGAGAUACGCUUCAACAUAAUCACAAAUUUAUUAUCACUAUUUUUUGUUAUUUAAUGGCUUCAGUUAUAACGUACACAUCAGAAUAUUUCGCAAACUAUGCGCGCUGUAAAUAUUCAUGAGGACAUUCGCUACAAGUACUUGCUACUUUUGUUUGCGGUGCCUGUUCGCUAAUUUUAACGUUCUCUCUGAACUAACAAUCAAUGAAAGAAAUAUAAUUCGGUGAAACAUUUACAGAGACAAUAAUUUUCAUUUACGAAGACAAAUUAAAGAGUCUCUAAAAAUCCUGAGUCUUUAAGCUUAAGGUUAAGUUUAUUUUGUUUUACUUCUUCAGCCGGCCUCCCGGUAUUUGCCUUUUUCAAAGAUGAACUCCUCGAAGCAAGAAAAUCGCUCAAAGUUUUCUUUCUACAGCCAAAUUUAUAACUAAAUAUUCUUCGGAACUUCUUCGUCUUUCAAAGUUCUGUAAGCUUAUAUCAAACCUGAUACUAGGUCAGAUCAUUGACUCAAAUCUUACAAACGUGCAAAAACUUUCCGCAUAAACUGUGCUCGACUUCAUGAAAUUAAAUAUAACAAAAACAAACAUCAGAUACAAUAAUUACUCAGGCUUACCAUUCGAGAUUCAGUUCCUGAAAGAUAUCAAGGAAGGCCACAGUUGCUUGAGACUUUUAAACCCUCUUACGCAUUAAGCAAGGUGAAAAACAAAAACGAUGCCAUCCGAAAUCGGAUUACCCAAUUUUGACAAGCGACGCAUUUCUCAACCAAAAACCCAAUAAACAAACCAGCCAUGAGUAACAGAAGACUCUUGUUAGUAGCUGUAUUUCAUUUUGUACAUCCAAAAAAAAGACAGUUAAAAACAUCACAAGUUGACACAAAACUCUGUCAGCUUCAGCUGUCAAAGUAAACAACUUUCAAGAUGCUGUAUGAAUUUUCCGCAUGAACUCACCUGUCAAAUUUUGACCAACCAGAGUACAAAAAUUGGACGUAGAGCGUGACCAACGCGUGACCAUGGUAAGAAAAGGUCUUCCCGCGUGCAUUUUUAAAAAGCUGGCUGAAUUUUCGCGUCCGAGGUGAGUUUGAAAUCAAAAUCUUGACAGUGCGGGGCCAUAGUGACAAAAACACAACACAUUUCAUAUGAAUCAUUGGAAAAAAUAGGCAUGAGCCUGCUGUCAUUUGAAACUAUUAAUUUGUCAGCGGAUAACUUCAAAAAAGUACUCGACGUAGAUGGGUCGACACUUGAGCCCGCGGUACGGUCAGGUAAUACUGGUCAGCGGAUAUCCUCUUUUGAAAGCUGUCAAUUGAUCACAACAUUGAUGUGCAAUUAGCCUUUCUCUUGAGCUCCCAAACUACGCUAGAAAGUGUGAGAGUAAACAUUGGUUUCCCUGUGGUGCGGACGGACGGUCGGGCGUACGGUCACGUGAUUACCAAAUUUUCUCGGAUUGAUAGAUUACCACAUUUCCUUAGGUAUGGGGCUCCGUCCACGCACGCGCUUCGCGCGCGGGUGGAGCUCCGCUAAAACAGUGGAUAGAGUUUUUCACUCGCUCUGAUUGGCUACUCAAUCAGUGAAUAUCCAAUGCUAUUCACGGAUUUAUCUCCAGUUCCUCCCAGCGAGCGACGAGUUACGAGCAAAAUGGCUUCCCGGUUUGCUGCCGUUAACAAACAAAGAUAUUUCACAAAUAAUCAAGCAAGCUGUUCCCGAAACACACGAAGAAGGUUAAAAAGUUCGGUUUGGAGGUUUUGACAGGUAGAGCUUUGUCUUUUUUACUUGAAUUUAUCGAUGAAACCGGUGAAGAAGUUUUUUGUUUACAAAUGCAAAUUAAGUCUUGCGUUACUUUAUUUUUGUCGACUUGUUCAUAAAUAAGCUUAAAACUAAAUUUAAUAAUCUUUUCUACAGAGUGAUUUUAAUUACCAAAAGAAAUCACAACUCCUUUUGAAGAAAUUUCCCUGCAAGAGCUAAGCAAGGCCUUCAAAAGUUUUAUUUGUCGGCAAGAAAAAUCGACGGCCGCGGCCGUUCGGUUUAAUAUUGCGAGCCAAAAUUGUAAUCGUUGGCAACUAUAAAUAAGUGAAAAAUCAUCAUUUUUGUGCUCACUUAUCUCACUGUUUUAGUAUAUACUAAAUUAAUUAUUUACCUCACUGUCGGUGGCUAGUUAACAAUUAUUCCUCGAGCCCGAAUGGGCUCUGAGUCAAUAGCCCAUAAGGCCUCAAGGGCUAUUGACUCAGAGGCCAUGAGGGCGAGGGUAAUUGAGACCACCAGCCACCUCCACUUCGGUGAAUAAUAUAACUCUUAUCUAUAAUUUGAUUAUUUACCAUGGGCAAUAUUUAAAGCACAAAGGCUAGUAGAUAUGAACAUGGGUCGAACCAAAUAUUUCACUAGAAGUAAAUAUGACAAGGUUAAUAAUCUCAACUGACCGGUGGCAGACCUGAAGUUGGCGAAUUUUUAAGCUUAGUCGAAUAUUUGAACACAGGACUACUGAGAAACAACUCCCGAAAGUGGUCUAAGGGAAUUUGGAUCAGGGGAGUACCCAGGGGAGUUAAACACAGGACUUCGGAGAGACAGCUCCAGCCAUUGCUGUGAAAUGGAUUUAACCUCAGGAGAUUGGGAAGUAUCAACAUAGGACUACCGAGAAACAACUCUAGCCACCGAUCGGAUUGGGAUUUAAACCCAGGGAAUUCGGAUCACGGGAGUAUCCAGGGGAUUUGAGCACAACACUACCGGGGUGACUACCAGAAAACAAAUCAUCCCGCUGGGGUCUGAGUGGGGAUUUAACCCAGGGAAUUGGGAUCAGGGGAGUACGAAUGUAAGUAUUAGAGUCUGCAAGAUAACUACAGCAAGGCGUACUACCACUGACUCUACGGUCAGAGGUUGCCUUAAAAGAAUACUCCAUUGUCGUCGUAUUCCUGACAAUACAUACGAGUGAUUUCUGCUUGCAAACAUUUGACCUUAGAUUCCUGUCAAGGCAGGUACAAAGAUUUCAACGCCAGAAACAAAUUCAGACCGAUUGCCCCCUCCCCCCUCCCUCCCCUAAGAUGGUUAAUUACCAGGUACUGCUAUAAAACUCAGAGAUGGACAACAAACUUUCGAAUGCGAAUGUACAAUGCAAGGCUUCCCGACAAAGUUGAGAAUGAUUACAAAUCGUUAGGUGGGAGAAUUAUCUCAUGCAAACUGUAUCCCAGGCUCAGUCUCCAGCCUUGCGUGUCUCAAUGCAUCUGCGGUACUCCCCCCACCGAGGGCGUAUCGACACACUCAAUACAGGGGACUGAGCCUUACAUAAUCCUUGCCCCACCGCGUUCUCGUUGCCAGUGCCUUCUGGGGGCCUAAGCACGAGGACCAGGAGGCUCUGGGGACACAGGAUUUGGAGUCCUAGAUUUUAGGACUUCCGGUCAUUUCCGCUCCUAAGUAACUUGGAGGAUUGUCUUUUAAAAGCUUCGAAUCUCCUAAAUUUACAGUUAUUGACACUUCGGCAAGGGCAAGUGAACGCUAUUAAAAACGUUGUAGAAAAUCAGAAAUCACCGGAAGUCCUAAAAUCUAGGACUUCAAAUCGUGUGUCCCCAGAUCCCCUGGUCCUCGUGCUCAGGCCCCUAGGAGACUCUGGGGACGAGAAUGGCUCCACCGUCGAUGUAUAUGAAGGUAGAGAAGGAAACACUUAUUAUCCAGACAUAAUGUGAUUGUAUGCUCAUUCAGCGUUGAUACGCUUAUGAGAGAACUCUUAUAUCAACUGUAUCUCGUUCAUCUUCAGAGGUUAAAAGGAAGUAUGGUUUUGCGGGUAAAGAGGACUUUGAUAUCUUUGGAAGAAAUAAACUGUUUGCCCCGCGUAUCAAAUGGGAAGCUCUGAAAGUCAUAGCAGAAAAUGUAAAGAACUCGGCCAAGGAGUACGAAGUCGCAUUUAACGGAAUAAAGGCUUCGAUAGAAAAUAAAGGAGAUAUAACACAGGUUGGUGACUUAUACCUCAAAUUUCACGAAUCUUAGGGAAAAUAUUUCUUGAGGUAUAUCAGUGUGCUCAACCGCUAUUUUUGUGUAAAAUAUAUCGCAUUUUAUAGUCCGCAACAUGAGGCUAGGACUGGGGUCAGACUGAGGCCUUUGAGGUGUCGGUAUAGGGAGGUAGGAGAGAAAUGUGACUCCAAUUUUGGGGGAAAUGGUAAAAAAGGGGAGGCAAACAUGCUUUUUAUAGCAUACUAAUGGUAAAGACAAUCAAAAUAUAGACCGAAAGUAAAUUUUCAGAACAUGAGAGCUAAAACAAAAAACCGAGUAAGAUACAAAAAGUACACUAGAUUGUACUCAGUACUCUUUUAAAGGGUCUAAGUGGAGGUGUUAUUAAGCAGUUUGGACGCACUGCUGUAGUCAUUUGCGUCGUGAAAAUAAAAGGUGUUGUACAGAGUGUAAAGCAAGAGUAGAUAAGUGGAAUGUCUUGUGGGCUGUUACCGAUCUAAAAUGAUUUAUGUUUGAACUUACAGGUUUAAAUACAGAUAUUUCAGUAGUCAUUGGCCUAUUUCUUAUUUCUGGUAAUACAAGUAAAAAAUAACUGUUUGAAAACGGUUUUUGUAGCUUGCCAAGAAGAUGUCUUCACUCGCUGAAAAACAGAUUGAGUCCGAGAAGAAGCGAUUGGUAGAAGCCAAGAACAUUGCUGAGAGCGAAAAGAGACUUUAUGUGAAGGUAAAACAUACUAAAAAGUACGGCGGUGUAAUGGUGGUAAAGCCGCACAGGUAAAUUGAUAUUACAUGAUGUAAUUUACCUUACGUUACUUAAAGUAACCGGUAUCUUGGAUUUUACUAAAAGUUCAGAUUUAUGUCAAAAAUUUAAACAUAAAGCAUUUUUCAUGUCACCGUUUUUUACAUUUAUCCACAAAACCACUCAUUGCUGCUUAAAAAAGGCUUCACUUAUGGUCAUUUGUGAAGUCAUAUCUUGUAUCAACAGCAACCGAUCGCGUUACCGAGUUUUGUUAAAUCUUCUGAGGAAGACUGGACGUUUUGGCCUAAAUCCGUUUUAACAAAAGUCCUGGAAAAAUGUUUUGGGGGUGGCAUCUAUAUAACCCCCCGGGUAUGUCACACCCUUCUUAUCCUAACACUUCUAUUUCCUUAUCUACAACACGUAGACUGACCCUAGCAAGGUCUGAAAAGCUUGAAGUUACAAAAAUACUGUCGCGAAGGACAUAUUGAGCGAGGACUGGACCCAUGAGCGGGAGGAUUUUAGUCGUUCAGCCAUCUCGUGUUCGGUUCUACCGUUCCUGUGAUCGCAAAUCUCACAGUAAAAUCACGGUAAAAUUGAGUCAAUCCAUCGUAAAGACAACUUCGCUCUGCUACCAGAUGUUUAUCCGGGUUAUUGGUCGGAGAAAAUCAACAAAACUUAAAUAAAAUCAACCUCAUGAGUAAAACAGCUUAAUAGUCCAGCCAUAUGGUGUAGAAAAAUAGCUGAAUUGUGCACUUUGGGGUAAAAGCAUCAAACUCGGCACAGUGAUAGUACUAGUUGCACUAAUUAUUUUUAGCUAUGGACCCCACUCAAAUAUGCACGGGGGGAAGCACAUUGUGCCCUUGGGGGGAGGGGUCAUGGCCUUUUUGUUUUGGUCCGGAAAAGGCUCAAAAACGGGAAGAAAGCGGCCUAAAAAACUUUUGCAUUCCCAUUUUCUUCAAAGUACUGCAAGGUAACCCUAUAAAAUACUUGUUACUUACUUUUCUGAGAGAUUUUCUAAAAUUAUUUUAAAAGAGUGUGUAAGUGAUUCUUGUCACAAGGGAAAGCCACGUAGAAGCAAGUUGAGUUCUGAAGGGCGGAAUUAAUUUGAGUUAAAGCGUUACAAUAUUAUACGUGCACCCCCUGACACAUUAAAACACUUCAUUAAUAUUUUUGAGACACCUCCUGAUGGAACAAACAAGACUGCACACGGAAGAAACAAAAGGUCAGGCUACUCAAGGAAAUUCUGCAUGGCGAACAGGAAUGGCUAAUUUUUUGCUCUCUCGUUUGGGAGAGACAGUAUGCCGUUUUUCACCCUUGGAAAGAUAAGAUGUUUCAUUUUUACACUUUGAUUGAAGUGAAUUGCACUUUUUGGGAAUUUAAUUGCUCAGCCAAACUACCGCAAAAAUAAAACAUGAGACACUUACAGAGACCUUCAACGACAUGCAACGGGGAGUUAUUAACCACUUUUAUUGCGGGCGACAAGAGUAGCCCGCAGUUUUCAUCUUCAGGUUAUUAUUAUGCAUGCAUCGCAGGUAUCUAACCGGCAUUCGUUUGGACUUCCACUUAUAAGGAUGAAUGGAAUUCACAGAAAGCAAUUUGAUCACUCGCAUCUGGAUCUUCUCUGGUCACUUAGAAUCUGAUCACGCGUGUUCGGAACAUCUAUCAAGUGAAACUUGGGCGAAGCACAGCUUUGGAGUAACAGCGUUUUCAUCUUCCAUCGUUGUCGCCCUCACUCCGUAACCUUUGGUUUUCUCUUGUUUUCAAUAAUAUAUUGAUCUCUCUCACACUCUCUUGUCAUCUUUACAAUUAUCAAAAAUAAAAGUGCCGAGUUGAGGAAAAAAGGAUAUCUAACAUCAGACGUCUGAUAACAGUUAUAUAACAUAACAUAUAAAAUCAGACGUCUGAUAACAGUUAUAUGACAGCAGAUGUCUGCUGUCAUAUAUGUUACAUAACUGUUAUAUAACAGUUAUAUAACUGUCAUAUAACAGGUAUAUAUACUGUUAUAUAACUGUUAUAUAUACUGUUAUAUAUAUAUAACAAUUAUAUAACUGUUAUAUAUACUGUUAUAUAACAUUAUAUAACAGUUAUAUAACAGUUAUGUUAUAACUGUUAACGUCUGUUAACUGUGAUAACAGUUAUAUAACAGCAGACAUCUGCUGUCAUAUAACUGUCAUCACACGUCUGAUGUCUGAUUUUAUAUGUUACGUUACAUAACGUCUGAUAACAGUUAUGUGACAUCAGACGGCUGAUGUCAUAUAACUGUUAUCAGACGUCUGAUUUUUGUAACUGUUAGCAGACGUCUGACAUCAUAUAACUGUUAUCAGACGUCUGAUGACAGUUAUAUUACAUAACAUAUAACAUCAGACGUCUGAUAACAGUUAUAUAACAUAACAUACAAAAUCAGACGUCUGAUAACAGUUAUAUGACAGCAGAUGUCUGCUGAGACUGGAGCAGUGCUAUAUUUGUUGUGAUGUUUCACAGCAAGUUCACAACACAAAUCUUUGACACAUUUGAUAACAGCAAUGUGUGGAUUUAACGCCAUAUAGAGAUAUUCUCGAAGUCUUUCUUGCCUUAAGUGAAUACCAUGCAAUUGUUUAGAAGAACGCCACAGAAAGAAACACUGAUAGUGAACAAGCCUCACAUCUCUCAGUUUUUAAAAAGUAUAAUUGAGA